UGGUUUCCAGAAACGGUUUCGGAUUACAGGCGGCCUUUAGGCGUUGUCUAUUUUUGUUGUGCAGACAGGGUGUCGAGCAGAGAAAUGGAGCUGCCGAAACAAAAUGGAGCCGGCGUCUGGUGCGGUCGAUCUGAGAAAUUGUAAACAGAUUUGCUGAUUAAUUUGGUAGCGACUGCUUUAGAUUAGCUGCGAGGAAGUGUAGGCCCGCGGUCUCCGUGUGAGCUGCGCAAUGCGUUUGUUUCGAUUAAAAAAAAACAAACUGUGGAAACUGUGAAAGUAAAAGCACGUCUUAGACUGGCCUCAGAAUAUUUCUCAUCAGUAAUUCUAAACGCAGCACGGUUAGAAAUUUAGAAAUGCCCUUUUUUUCCCCCCUUUUCACCCGCCCUCCCAACAAGCCUUUCUUAAAUUAUGCUGACGAGCUUCAACGGGUGAGGAGAAGAAAAUGGAGGCCAUUUGUUCUGGCGGCAGUGGCGUACAUCUGAGAAAAUCCGACUUUUGAUCGUUAGAGCCGCUAAAUCUUCAGUAAUUUCAUUGCCUGAACUCAAGCAAAUAUCAGCCAAAGGUCAUUACUGAAUGUGGCCCUGAAGCUAAAAUAUAUCACGUUGAGUAUUGUGCAGUCGUCAAGUGACUCUUCCUUGAGACAAUUUCUGAGGAGAUUUAGGAUGGAUAUGGUCUGAAUCGUUGAACGAGGGGUGAAUUUGCUUUCGAAGGUUCUGGUACUCUUACCACUUGUUUGUAUCUGUUGAAAGCAACGUUUAUUUUAGGUAGGGGUGAGCGUUGGAUGGCUCUCUCUUUCAACACUCCCCCACCCCAAAUUUCUACCACAAUGCAAUGAUCCAUCCGAGGAGGACAGUCCAGACCCUGCCAGCAUUCUUUCAGUCAGUCCCUUCAUGCGAGAGAUCAAGGAAUGAAUGUUGGUGGUAUGAUCACCCAGUUGUUCGCCAAAAUAUCUCUCCAACCCUCCCGCCCCCCACCCCAUCAUAGUUCGGAUAAAGCUAUAUUUAGCUGAAGCCAGAUGGCCACUUUCUCUCAUUUGGUGUUUUUCGGAAAUGGUUCAAGAUCUUUCUUUACAAAGUGCUACUCCGGGCAGCUUGGCUUUGUUCCAACUGAAUAGUUGAUAUUGGAGACUAUGGCUGGAUUUCUGAGGAUGACUUUAGUAUCCCUAAUACCAUCCCAGUGAAAGGCAGCAAGUCAAUGUCAAGCUGGUGACUAAGCAUGAGAAUAUCCUGGCCUCAGUGGCGCAGCCAUUCAUUGAGUAAUCAGAAAUGGCUGUUUGGAACCCCAUAUUACAAUAAAAAGCAAUAUGCCCCAUCAGUGUUCGAGAAGUACGUAACAGACAUCAUAAUUAGGAACAAGAAAGUCACCUUGACUCUAUAUGACACAGCAGGUCAAGAGGACUAUGAUAGACUCCGCCCUCUCUCCUAUCAAGACACAAAUGUUAUCUUAAUCUGUUAUGACGUUACAAAUCCUACAAGCUUCGAGAACGUCCGCAUCAAGUGGGUUCCAGAAGUUAAUCACUUCUGCCAGGAAGUUCCCAUCCUGCUGAUCGGCUGCAAAACGGACCUUCGGAUGGACAAAGAGCGCCUGAGAAGACUGAGAGCUGCCCAGCAGGAACCAAUCACAUACAACCAGGGUGAAGAAACCGCUCAGCAGAUUGAAGCUGUGAUGUACUUGGAAUGCUCGGCCAAAUUCCGUGAGAAUAUAGAGGACAUCUUUAAGGAAGCUUCGACUGCAGCUCUAAGUGCCUUGAAGAAGAAGAAGAAGAAGAGCAAAAGGAAGAGAAAGCAGAAGCAAUGUCUGCUCCUUUGACAGUCUGUGCCUGUAACGUUAUUGCUCAGGACUGCGGGCCAUGUAGUACACUGUAAAUUUGUUAAGGAUCUCAAUAAUUAUGCAUAUUUUUUAAAAACAUUUUUGUUAUAAUCGGGGAUUUAUUUUUCCCCCUAUUAAGAAAACAAUUUCAAACAAAUUACAUUUAUUGACGAAGUAUGUAUAUUAUGUACAAACUUGUGAUUCAUCUUCUUGCAGGCAGUCACAAAACAAAUACAAUGGAACCCAUUAAAAAUGCCACACAACAAAGUCAGCUAACACCCAAUGUGCAAAAAGAGGAACAGGUCAUGUAAUCAUUAAAAAAAAUGUGGACAAAUAACACAGGAACAUUCACCACAGAGCCCACGAAAGUGAGUCCACAGCCACAAAGCAUCUUCAGAGCUGAGGUGAAUGAGGCCAGUUCAGGAGCCUAUGGCUAUGGAGCCAGUUCAGGGCUGAGGGGAGUGGCAAUGGUUGCAGGCCGCAAGCUGCAACUUGCUCACAUACGAUAUCAGAAAGACAUUGGAAAAUAGUUUGUGAUCAUCUUCUCCAGUGUCCAGAAACAGACAUUGUUUUCUACAUAGAAAAUAAAAAUUACCACAGCAAGUAAAACAGAAGUAACUGCAAGUGUUGAAAAACGUUAAAUGGAAAGAAUAAGAAGUCAACCGGCAUCCAAAGAGAAUGAAAACAACUAAAUACCUUAAAAGGGCAUUGCUUUGAAGGUGAAGCGAAAUGUUGAAUGGUGCUGACCAACAUCUUGUGCUGUUCCAGAAAUUAUUAAUUUCAUGCAAGGAAACAGUCUUUUUGAUUAGGUCACUCAGCUUCACUUCAACCAAACACUGCUGCUAAUAGUGUUGGAUUUAAUACCGAUUUGCCUUAUCCAUCUCAUGAAUGCAAAUUUAUUCCAAAAUUAUUCAAUGUAAAGGUAACAAAAUCAGUUUUCAUUUCAGUCAUGCUUAAAGAUGUCAGAUUAACAAUGACACCUGCUAUUAUGAGCAUUUGCUUAUCAGCACAAAAGCACUUUGAAGAGAAUUUUUUUCAGCUUUGUCCCAAACCACCCCCCCCCCCCACCCGCCAGCCGGUCCCCCAAGAAGCACCAGUCAACAAUUCUUCCCUGGUACUUGUCUCACGUUAGCUAUCCUGUGAUUGAGUCUGGGGCUUAAGUAACAGCUAGUUAUACAGCGAUUGGGUACUCUUAGUCACUAUCCACGCAUUAUUUAAUAUUUCCUGCCCAGGAACAAUCAUGAAAGGAAAUACUGUAUCUGUAAUUUUUUUUUCCUCUGCCGGCUCUUGGAAGUGGACGCCAAUGGUGGACCACUACUCUAAUGAGGCCAGUUAAUUCAACAGGGAUUUCUAAGCUGUGCGCUUACAUAUACAUUGCCUUUAAAACUGACCCAGGUCCCCAAGAACUUUUCAACAACACCACAAAAACAUCACAUGCAAAAGAAUAAGAUUUAAAGAUUUAAAUGCAUUUUGUUGACCAAUGAGAUUUUUUUUUACUAACUGUGGUGCCUGUAAAAUAGAAAUAACAAAUUCAAGAAUACAGUGAGAGCCAAACUGAGACAGAUUAUGUACAGUUUUGUUUCCAGAAAACAGAAGCAGGAUUAAACCACGUUCUGCUGGAAAACUACACUGCAGCUUUUCUAAUCUCAGAUACAGCAUCUUUAGGGAAAACUAGUUCAGUAUUUAUAGUCAUAGCAUUCUUUUGAAUAGACUAAGUUUUUAGCUUUUCAUUAAAAUGUUACAAUUAAUUUAUGCAAAUUAUAGGAAAAUUUUAAUAGCACAAUAAUGCAAAAGCAAGGAGUCAGAUUAAUGAAUGAUAAAAAGGGUCUUGCUCAUUGCCCUACAAAAUCUGAAAUUUAAGGAAGCAUUGGCAGGGAGUGUAGAGACCCAACAGUCCAUUAGGAGUUAGUUAUUACUGGCUUCCUCAGUACACCAGAAAUCUGGAAAAUGGAACCAUUCACUGCAAUUUUCUGUCAUUACAUGUUCAGCAGGAUGAAGUAAUCUCACUCAAAAUCAUAAGUGGUACAUCAGAAAAUUUUCGUGAUGUCUUCCACAACCGUACUCAAUUGAUAAACUUGUGUUUUAAUAGGAUUACAGUCAGGCUGUGGACCUCGACACAUUCUUACUUCCACUGCACUAUCUGCAAUGUUCCCUCUAAUUUGUAAUGACCAGUGUGCCAAAAAUCUUGUGCUGUGCAAUUUUUCACCCAGUGACAACAACAUGUGCGCACUGAAUAAUUUCUUGAAUAAAAACUGUAUAAAUAAAGUCAGUUCUAAAAUCUGCAGACAAUUCAUUGCAAUCUCCACGUUGUCAACACUGUCCGCAUCCCGAAACCAGAAGAGGAGAUGUGAUUGUGUACGAUCAUGAAAUAUACUUAACAUGCCAACGAGGUAGAGCGUGACAACCUUUUAUGCGCAGUUUAAAUUCCUCUGUGCACUUGUAGCAAAAGGUGUGUGCUCUCACAUACCUUAGAGGGAAUGGUGACUAUCAAUUAAUUCUUUAAGAUAAAAUGUUAGAGAUCUGACUCUGAACUCAUUACUUCAUAUGGAAUGUGGGGAAUGCAAUGAAUGGAAUGUGGUUUAUUCAAUAAACUGACAAUUGCUAUAGGAUUUUUCGUAAAAUGUAAGUUAUAAUUUGAUUCUAAUAUUUGUAAGCAAUAGUUCAAAUUUAUCUACUUACACAUUUGCUAUUUAAGAUCUUAUUGUGAUCCAAAUCUGUAUAGUUUAGAAAGUCUUAGCUUGACCAUCUGAAUCCUGCAUUUGACAACGCUCGCCAAUGUCAUCUAGAAUCAAUGUUUUUUUUAUUGAUUGAUAAUAAGUAAAUGCUCAAAAACUGAUUUGUCUCUGAUGAGAAACUUUAUUACUCAGAAUGAGGCACAUCUGUAAAAAAACAAUAAUAAUGUUACUUUUUAAAAAUUGACUGCGGUGGAAAAAUCCACAGCUGCUUUAGUUCCUGCACAGACCGGUUCCAUGCGUGAACUACCUCGUAUACCAUGUUCAUCCGAACAAAAGAACAAGAACACGCACACACACAAAAUGCUGGAGGAACUCAGCAGGUCAGACAGCGUCUAUGGAAAUGAAUAAACAGUCAAUGUUUCGGGUCCAGACUUUUUAUCAGGACUGGAACAUUCAGCUGUUCGUACCUGUUCAGCGACAUCAUGGCAGAUCUAUCACCUCAGCUCUAUUUUACCGAAUUCCCUUUAUAACUUUUGAUCUAGGGGAGUUUCUCAUAUUAGCUUGAACUUGUGAUCAUUUUCAUACAAGAAAGAAAAUAUAUUUAAUGAAAGACUUAAACCUAUUAGAUGUAUUCCUUUCAUUUUCUGAUUUUUUAAAAUUUGAGUUACGUACAUCACUCCUGUAACUAAAGGCAUCCUUUUGAAGUUGCAUCUCAGGAAACUGUGUAUCAAUUAAAUCAUGUCGAUUUAUCCUCCAUGGGAUCCUUUUCACAAACUUGUAAAUAAAUAAUUAUAGGUAGAGCGACGCACACAAAAUACUCAGC